AUGUCGGCUUUGGAUAACCUCAACCAAAAUGUGUUUGGGCUUGUAGCAUUGCUUGUUGCGGUAAUAGCACUUUUGACAACUUGUUUGCAGGUGGCACAGCAAUAUUUCUCGAGUGCGGAGGGGUAUAGACGAUGUGCCGAGUCAGUGAUGGGGCUUUGGUCCGCGGGAACUCAUCGACAGUUGAGGAUAAGGGAGUUUCGAGUCGAGGUUGUUUUUGAAGUUCCAGUUAUACUCGUUGCACCGCCGGAUAAUCUAAGGGGUCCAAUUAUGAAUAAGCCAAUUCAUUAUAUCGAUGGCACUCCUGAAUCAUACAAGAAUACCAAAGUACGCGAACCGGAUGAUCAACUGAAGAAAGAUAAGGAAACCAUUCAGCGGAUUCAUACGGCGGAUGAUGAGCGGGCUUCUUGGGUUACGUUGUUAUCGAGUCUACAAACUGAGGAAUCAGAAUCGCGAAAAUGGGACGAACUCAUUCGAUUGAAGAGGCCAACUGGGGUUUCGAUAAAACGUCCAGAGUACGAAUUAGCUGUGGGGUUACAGGUCAAAACUCGGUCUUGGGAUUUCGUUCCAGCUAGUAUGACUAAACCAUAUGCUACAUCUGCUAUAUGUCACCUGGUGGAAAUGAUGGCAUUUUUAGGAAUGUAUUGGAAGGUGUUUGAUCAAAUACAAUGGAACCUCAGAGCUGAAGGUAAUGGUUUUAUUCUUACCUCGACGACGGUUCAUGGUUUAGGUGUUAUGGUUGUGUUUACUGUUACGGGAAAAUCUAAAUUUGAGCAAGAUCGUGUCAUUCCAUCGAAUGAUGUCAAGGCAUUAUGCUUUGGAACAGUCCCCAAUAUAUUCGAGGAAAAGGAAUACUUGGAAAAGCUGGAUGCAGAAUCUCAAAGUUUGGAAUUGAAGUUUGGAAGUCAAGAUGAUGUGGACUUGACAUUGGAGUCACUUGGCUGUACACCUCAGAUAUUAAAGAGAUACAGAAAAGAUCACAGGCAUAUCUUCUCUGUAUCUUUCGAAAUCAUCGGCAUGCUCGGGAAGGUUACUCGAAUUCGUGGAAGCAAUUUCAGAAUGAUUCCCAACCCAACUCAAGAUCCUUGGUUGAAAAAAGUCGGUUCAAAACCCGCUUGGAAAGUCUCGAAACUCAUGACCAUCUUUCAGGAGAAGCUUAGGGACAUUCACGAACAGGAAAGUGAUAUUGAUGAAACUUCCAAACUUCAUCCCUUCGCCAAAAUUAUCACAAAAUGGCAGGAAAUCCAAUCUCUUCAUUACGGAGAAGAAAUUGAUGAAUAUAAUCUCAGCAUUGAAAUGCGCGAAAUGAUCCAUGAUGCCAUAGACGAUCAAACAGAGUACCUCUUCCACGAUCUCAGACAAAAAGAUGUUCUUCAAGUCGUCGUUGCUCAUUUGGAUAAAGUGACGAAAAUCCUCGACAAUCCUGAUUCCUCUUUAAAUUCCAUCGUUUCUGUCCAAAAGGAAGAACCUCUGUUGAAAAUAUAUUUCGAGGAGAUUCGACCCGCGGUCGCAAAACGUGAUAUUGAUGGGAAGGAGUUGAGUUCCUUGGAAAUGGAACAGAGAAAUAUCAUCUGGGUUUCGCUAAUGUUCAGAAUGUUGUGUUGGCUUUUAUUGCAUGAUUGGAAUAAAGAUGACAAGUGUGGUGUUCCACCUGAUUUGAAGGGGAGUAGAAUGCCAGUCUUUAUUGGAUGA